AUAUGCAACGAGACGUCACGCGGCACCUGGACCGUCGAGAGGGACGAGGAUCUGACGGCACCAUACGCCUUCGCCAACUCCACCUGGAUUGCCUACGAGGACCCGACUUCCCUCAGGAUAAAGACGAAGUACGCUAUGCUGCGGGGGCUGGCGGGUGUUGCCGUUCACGACGUUUCUUCAGACGAUAGGCAGGGGACCUGCGGGGCAGGGACUUUCCCCCUCCUGGGUGCCGUCUGGACCACCUACUCUCAGCUGAUUCGCACCCCCCGAAAGGCGGUGCUGGAGAGCCUGGUGGCCGACCUGGAAGCAGAGGGCUCCGCCGCCGCUACUACGUAUUCCCUGGCCCCUAGUGCCCCAAAUGCUCGACGGUUCAGCACAUCACCUUUCAAGAUCGUGCGCAUCGUCGACAGAAACGGGGACAUUCGUGCGCUCAGGUCAAAUGAUGAUACGGACUUCGAAUGCACAAGGCAGGGGUACUACAGAAACCCGAAGGACUGUUCUCAAUUUUACCGGUGCGUCAAGUUCGACCAGUACAUCGACGAUUACACGGUCUUCGAGUACGGGUGUCCUUCUGGGCUGGUUUUCGACGAUCGCUGGGAAGUCUGCGCUUGGCCUUCAACGGCUCCUCCUUGCGAUGGUUCGUCCGAAAUUUUCCCGGUGCCAAGCCUGAAGAACCUGUGUCCGGGAGAAGGAUUCUUUUCAGAUCCAGAGAACUGCAGGUGGUUUUUUGCUUGCAAAGAUUACUACGGGAAUGGUACCUACCUGCAGUACGAGUUCAGAUGCCCGUUUGGACUUGCCUACGACGAAGCAAACGGCAUCUGCAACUGGUCGUGGCUGGUAAACAGCUGCGGUGACGCGGGCGUUGAACGGCAAAAGUAUAGCGGGAACACCGGGAAUAUCAGACCAAUUUCAGUUAAUCAGGUAGCAGGAGGACUUUUCAGAGAUAGAGGACAAGGAGGCAAGGAACUGAAGGAUAAAGCGUCAAGUUACGACACAGAAUCGAAUAAACCCAUCAAUGAAAAAUGCAUUGACUGUGGAGAUUCACCUCUUCUGGCUCUUGGAGGCGUAGGUGUUUAUGAUCCUGUUCGAGGGCUUGUAGUCGGCCAUGAACUAGCCACCAAAAAUGAUGGAAGCUACGAUGAAGGUUUUAAAUCAGUUAGCAGGGCCCGAAAUAAAAUUUUCACUUCAAGUAACAGUCAAGGAUCACUCGCUGAACAGGGAAGUUUGAUAUCUUCAACCAGCUCAGUUAGAGAAUCUGCGCAAGCAGGAAACAUUGCUGCAAAACCACAACGUUCUAAGUCGCGUUUUACUUCCGCAAACGAUGAAUUAAACUCGGAUUUUUACUCUAAUUCUGAAGUUAAAUCAGUGGCUAGACCUGAGUCUGGCAACGGUGGAAAUGCUGUCAGGAACCUCAAAAUUCAACAUUCCACUGGGCAACGCACUUCUUCCAAAACAUAUUCUACCCAGUCUGAACCAGAUGACUCAGACGAAACUGAUCAAUCAGAUGGUUACAGCUUCCCACAACCGACGUUUGGCAGUAGCAAUUUCGGCAAUCGUCUUUCGAAAGUAAGCGGAAUAAGUAAUAACUUUGCGAAAGAUUCUGCGUCUGGCCGACCAACUGCCGCGUUUAUCUCAUACGGAGUGCCGACGCUGGGUUACUCAACGCCCUCGCCGCAACCUCAGCAUCAAACAACUGCUGCACGACCAUCGCAUCCCAUUGACGACGCCGGAAAUGAUCACUCUGAAAAGGAUGGAUUUAAAUAUGAUGGCUCUUUAAAUGGUGAAUCGUCUGGAAAUGAAAAACAAUCGUCGUACUCAUACCCAGAACCGGAUGUAUCCUUCGAUUUCGCGAAUGCAAAGAAGAACGGUCCUAAUCUCAGCACUGUCCAGCAGCCGCCGCAGCCGUAUGGAUUGAGCAGUUCUGAUAGAAAAGAAUCAAAUCGAGACCAUAGUGAAGAAAAAUACGACAAGAGCAUGUUUGGUCACAACGUACAAUCUGCCAACCGAAACUUUGGCUAUACAGAAGACAGAAAUCCAUAUUCACCAGACAUGCCUUCAUCCAUUUUUGUCAAGAUUGAUAAUGGCGAUGAUAAGACAUAUGGUGGAAUCAACAAGAAUAGCAAUGAAGACGUAAAUAGAAAUUCUGGAAGUGAAGGUUACGCUUACAACCUGCCAACGAAAUCCUUUGAUCCUUUCACUAAUCCUGACAAGGACGGUAGUGAUGGAAAUCUUGCUCAGAGAAACAGUAAUAGUAAUGCGAAUCUUCCGUCUCCAUCAACGCCAACUUACAGUGCGCCUCGGCCAACAAUAGCACAGUCACCAACUGCUAGUUACACAUCACCUCGUUCCACUACUAUAUACGAAUCGCCUCGCACAAGUUACACGUCACCACGUCCAAUUACAAAGUACACACCAACUUCUGUUGUUCACACUACGCUGCGACCAACCACGAGGUAUACUCCUCGUUUCUCCACGGCGUCACCUAACCGUCCUUCUACAUCGUACACCUCACGCCCAGCGUCAACGUAUGAUGCUCGCCCCGAGAAUCAAUUCCCUUCUUCAACCUUAUCCUUGAGCAACAUCCCACCAAGAACGACUCAACCUAGACCAAAAUUACAGUCCACUACCUCAAGGCCGCUUUCGAACGACAGGCCGCACACCAAGCCUGAAUAUUCAUAUGGUAAUCCAGUAAUUUCCUUCAACCCUUUCCAGGCUCCGACAAAGGUCAAAUCGGAUAGUGAUGUGACUCAGAGCUUAGGAGCUUCUGGAGCAUUUAGAGACUCGGGAGUGAAUGGGCAGGUUUUCAAUCAUCCUGCAGCGAAUAACUUGAGAGUACAGUCUUCCAAACCUAUCGCAAACUCUCAACAGAAUGAAGAGCGUAAUUCACUUACUUAUUCUACUUCUUCUAAAACGAAACUCGGAUCUGGCAGCGCAUCUCAAGCUAAACACGAAGAUGGAUAUGAAUAUUCGGCUCCGUCCGGAAUAUCUUUUAAUCCGUUCGCCGCUCCUCAAAAUUCAGUAUCGAGGGAUGAGAAGCCCUAUUACUCAGGAUCUCGUUCAGAUGCAGCACAAAUUCGAAAGGAUUCUAAUGGCAAAUUCAGAACCAAUCCUCUAAAGAAUUCAAAUAUACCCGACGCUGUGUCACAUUUUGGACCAAUUUCAGAACAGACAGCACAGUUAGUACUUUCCUCAGAACAAAAAUAUUCAGCUAACGAUGGUUCAUCGGAAAAUAUUAGGGAGCAAUCUGUCAAAAAAUCUCAUUCUCGUCAACAAGAUGACGUCAAAUCAGCAGGCUACGCUUACAGCUCACCGUCAAAGAGUUUCAACCCAUUCAAAGCUCCGGAAGCUUCUCUGAACGGAGGAAGGAAAGUCAGUUCUUCAAAGCAUUCAACCGGCGGUAACAAGGACGUAAAUAGUUCUGAGAAUGAUAAAUAUGCUUCUCAUUUCGAAAUCAUUGAUCUAACGUCAGCAGGAGGCUUUAGAGAUCAUAGUGGAUCCGGAGAAAAUGACAGAAAUAAUCAAAAAACGGUGUCUCACUUUGGCUCUCCAAGCAGAGCCAAUACGAAGACAGCUAGUUCAUCCGGAAGCUUUAAUGCAGGUCAUGAAGACCAAAAAUCACUCUUCGUAAGUCAGGGCACAACAAAGACAUCAGAGUACGAGUAUACUGCUCCCGCAUUCUCGUUCGAUCCCUUCACGGCUCCAGCAACAACAGCAGGACAGAGUGGAAGUUUAACAAAAGAAAAUGGUCGUUCUGUUGAAACUUCCAGAACAGCUGCCCCACUACAUUUUAGAGUUAUAACUGGAGAUUCUGCUGAAGAUAACGAAGGUUCAAGCAAAGUACAUUCUACUGGAAAUUCAGUAAAAACAGCGCAGUCCGGAUAUCAGUACAAAAACCCUUCUCAAACAUUUAAUCCAUUUGCAGCCCCUCCUUCAAUUAAAAUUCAUAAUGCUGGUGUUGGUAGCCACGUUGCUGAUGAUUCCAGUGAGGAUUCUGCUUAUGCACACUUCGGUGCUAAUCAGGAAGUUUCUCGAGGAUCGAGCCGAGACAAACACCAGCAACGUCCUUCAGCUUCACUUAUCAAUGCAUCCGCUGAUAAAUCAAAUACAAAUGGCUACCGAUAUGGCAAUCCUGAGAUGCCUUUCAAUCCUUUUACCGCCCCACUUAGUUCAAGUCAAAUAAAGACUACAACAAGCUUUGGUAAGGUGAAGCCUGAAGAAUCACAACCAUCGGUUCAUUCACACUUUGGAGGAACAUCCACUUCGGUAUCUGUCUCUACAGGUGGAGAUUUGGAUAAAAUAUCAGAUCCCAAAGAGCAAUCCCGAGGGAGCAUAAAUUUUGUAGCGACUAAUGUCAAAUCCGGCGGCAGCCGAUAUUUCGGAAGCUCACAAGACUCCACGAACUUUAGAAGUAAGCAGAAGCUGAGCAACGCACCGAUAUCCGGUGGGCAAAGUAAGGUUGACUACGUGGAUGCAGCUGCAAGCCACUUCAACGUUGAUUCUUCAUCCAAAAACAACGACGAAUUUAAGCAAUACACGUCAAGUGCCAGUUACAGCAACGACGCACCGAAUGCUGGAUUUAAACCAUUCACGCGUUCUCCAACUGGAAAUUCAGGAUAUGGAGACGAUAACAAUAAUGACAGAUUAACAGAACUUGGCCAUUUCAGUGUCAAACAGUCGUCUCAGUCUAGAAAACCGCAGCUUGAAAGAGACAACUCAGAUGAAAGUUUCAGCAGCGGUUCUUCGCGCUAUAAUGGAAACCGAGGCUCACUUGAUUCCACUUCAAGCUACCAGGGAGUUUCAUUGAGAAGAAAUGGUAAAAAAUUGGUUGGAAAUUCUGUAUAUUCGGCUACCCAAAGUUCUUCUGCGAACUUACUAGCUUCAGUUCAGAAACAGGAAAACACGAAAACAGAUGAAACUUACAGCGCAAAUGCAGGAAAUGGAGCUGCAUUUGGAGCAUCUCGUUUCGCCAUUAGUGGCGUGAGUAAGUCAACUGGCUCCCACAGUUCUGACUCAAUUUCUUUAUCAAACGAGAAAUCGUAUUUUACUUCUACUUCAACGGAAGUGAGUCUAGGCAAUAGAGACAGUAAAGAUGGAUCGAACUUCUUUAAGAAUGACCGGGCUUUCAAUAGUCCGUAUGGCGUUGAGUCGCACAGGAAAUCUCCCCAAGAAUCAGAUUCUGGUCGAUAUACCGCGUCAUCAACUGCAGGCCAAAGCCCUAAUGUUGGUCGUUCAGCAGCAACCGACGGGUCUCAUGGUCAUUUCGGCAAUUUGAAUCCCAAAACUGGAACAUCGAUCUCCACCAAACCAAACACGACACCCAAUGUACCUGCAUACGGCAAGAACUUUGCCGACCUCCAAAGUCUCGGUGUUCGAGUCCCGAUAAAUGAUGGUCCGCCCUUGGUGGCCAAACUUGGUGGGUACUCUGCCAAAAACUCAAAGAAAGGACCCCAGAAGUUUGGACCCGGUGGCGUCAGAGAUUUCGACGACACCCUUGGGCCUGAGGUGUGCGAGCGCGCAGGUCUCUUCAGACAUCCAGAUUCCUGCGACAAGUUCUACGAAUGUUAUUGGGACCGAUGGAUAGAAAAGUUCACUCUGCACGUGUUCGACUGCCCAGUUACGAUCGUGUACGACUCCGGCAUCACCGCCUGCAACUGGCCGUUCAAUGGACCCCCUUGUGCUGAUGAGCGACAUGCUUGAUAUUGAGCUGGGAUUAGAAGCAGAUUCCCUCGCUUGGAAAAAUCGAUCAGUUGUACUUUGAAAAAUUUUUUUUAGACAAAUUUGAAAGUAUUAUUUAGGAUAUUCUAAGAAUAUUCAAUCACCAGCCACACAAAAACGAUGCCAUGCCGCUGAACAGAAUGGCUUUCCUACUUUUAUUGCUUGACUUUAAAUGCAUCCCGUUGCCAUAACUUUUAUUGCACCUACCAAACUUGCGAUGUCCCGAGUCGCGAAACUUAUUUUCCAACAGCGCCUUCAACAUGAAUACCUUCCAAUUUAUCACUUCAGAAUGUAAUUUCUUAACCAUUUAUAUAAAUAGUUAUCUUCAAUCCACAAUUACAUCGCUCAAAUGUCAGUUUUAAGUUUCUAAUAUCAUUUUGUGCAACCUAGAUUUAACACUUUCAAUUGGACAUAAAAUACGUUCACAUUUCAGCUGACAUAUGAUGUGUACGCAUUCAAGUUUUCAUUGAGACAUGCACAUUCGAGUUGACAUUGAUAUGAACACAUUGAAGUAGACAUAUAGAUAUGUACACAUUCAAAUAGACUUGUGAUAUGUUGAACAACAUUCAGCUGCCUCCCCAUCGCGAGGUUGAAGCAACUCCAAAUAAAGUAACACAGCUACCGCGCUUUCAUCUUUAACUCAACUGUGUUAGUUGACCAAAGAUUUAUAUAAUUUUAUAUAAAAGCUCCAAUAUUUUUUCACAAUUCGAAUUUUGUGCAUAGGAGUGAAAAUUCUGCAACCAUUUUAACUAAAAUAGAAAUUUUAUUCAUUCUGAUGUAUGUCGAUGACUCUGGGGAAGCAUGACUUGCAUGUUCAGUCGUUGACAUUGGACGACAAUAUCUCUAAAUAUACAUUCAGAUUCAGUUACAAAGUAUGUUCUCGUUCACAUAUACCUUGAUAAGCAGAGUUUGGUUGUACUUUUUCCACUUACUUUUAUUUACAUACUUCUUUAGUCUAUUUAGAUUUAUUU